AUGUCCCACGGCUCCGUACGCACCGCCAAAAUGCGGGAGCCACCGCCACAGCCUCUAUCAAAAUCCCGUCUUACCCUUGGAAUGGAAAUCGAGUUCUAUGCUGCUAUCAAGGCUUCUACCUUUAAUCGUAUUGUUGUUCACGACUGUAUUGCAAGCCUCUUAGGGGAACGGCUACGACAACUUCGACUUUCUGGUCCUGAGGGCUAUGGCUCAAGGUUCAAAGUCGUCUUCGAUUCCGACUAUUACCCAGACGAGGACAGGCUUGUCGAUUACUCUCUUUGGAACCUGACUACAGAUGCCACUGCACGAGCCCAAAGUCCAGAAUGGUUUAGAGGCUAUGAAAGCCAGGCAAUCGAGAUCAUAUCACCCCCAUAUUGGGCUCGCACUGCACACUGGGAGAAUGAUAUUCAACGGAUAUUCUCGUCAAGGAUGGGCCAGUUCAAUCCCAUUUCGGCAAGAGAAUUACGUCUAUAUUAUGAACUGAACAACACCACCAGCUUUCAUGUACAUGUCGGCAACGGAGUUGAACCUGACGCUUUCUUUCCAUUCAAUACAGUACGGAAUUUGGCAAUGAUCCUGUUGGUGUAUGAACCAGCAAUAGACAGGCUGCUUGAUGCUAAACUAUAUCCUCUCCCCACCCUCGUUGGCUCAUGCGACCGAUCUCAGGAGUCGGUAAUUCGCGCAAUGAGCCCUUUACCCCCGGAUGAGACAUCCACCCCGGAUUACGCACCCCCACCAGUACUCCCUCCAUCAGAAGAUGUGGAAUGUCCGAACGGCUAUAUCGAGUUUAACGGUCAUCCCGAAUCGAACGGCCAUGCUGAAUCGAGCCGUCAUGCUGAAUUGAACGGUCAUGCCGAGUCGAGCCGUCAUGCGGAAUCGAACGGUCAUACCGAGUCGAACGGCCACACCGUGUUGAACGGCCACAUUGAGUCGCCCUCACCCACACCCGCAGCUCAAGCCCGGCCUACGCCAUAUCCAAACGCCAAACGAAAAGCCCCGACUAUUGAGUUUCGGCAGCAAAUAGGCACGCUUGACCCUGAUACGAUGGUCCACUGGAUUAGGUUUUUAACGGCUUUGGUGGAGUUUUCCAGUAAACUUACAGGUCGAGCCGCGAUGGAAUUUCUGGGCGUGGAGGACAUAGAAAUCGACUAUUCCCCUAUUAGCGAGGCUUCAUCGUCAUCGAAUGGUGCCGGAGAACAACAGAUUCCUCGUGUUACCUACAAUGGAAAUGCAGACUCGAACGCAGCUCUUUCCGCAUUCGCUUUUCUAACAAGUACGCACCCUAUUGGAUCUCUCGGGCGGCUCCUUACCGCCAUGGACUCCAUAGCUAUAGAUCUCGACCCUGAAACUACACGAUACUGGAAACGGAAAGUCUCACCCUAA